AUGUUUGGGAUAGGUAAAAAGAAGACAGACUCAGAGAAGGAGGCAACACCGAAGAAGGACCUCAUUAAGGUCUCUAUUCCUUUUGAACAUCCCCCUGCCUAUCUGAAGCCUCCUGCUGAGAAGGAGCUUACCGAAGAGGAGAAACAGAAAUACCUCACAGUUCUCAAACAUUUUCAAGAUCCAGAGCUCAAGGUUCCGACCACCGAGCACCACAAGGGCGAUUUGCAGCCUUUAACUGCCGAUCAAAAAGCAUGGCUUACUAGAGAAUGUUUCCUGAGAUAUUUGCGCGCUACCAAGUGGGAUGUGUCCCAAGCAAUCAAAAGAAUUGAAGGAACGCUGGGUUGGAGAACUGAGUUUGGUAUUGACCAUUACCUUGACGACUCCAAAAAUAUCGUCACUCCCGAAUUAGUUGCGCCAGAAUCAGAGACAGGCAAGGAGGUUGUAUUGGGUUUUGACAACCAAUGCAGACCGUGUCUCUACCUCAAGCCGGGUCGCCAAAACACAAAAACGUCUUUCAGACAAGUCCAACAUUUGGUUUUCUUCCUAGAGAGAGUCAUUGACUUUAUGCCCUCGGGUCAAGACUCUCUUGCGCUAUUGAUCGAUUUCAAAAACCAUCCAGAAAUUGCGGCGCAAUCAGAGACUUCCAAGGUGCCUCCGUUGGGCGUCGGUAAGCAAGUGCUACAUAUUCUUCAGACACAUUAUCCUGAAAGACUUGGUAAAGCAUUGUUGACCAAUAUUCCAUUUUUGGGCAGAACUUUCCUAAGGUUGAUUUACCCUUUCAUUGACCCUCUAACGAGAGAGAAGCUUGUGUUUGACGCAGACUUCUCCGAGUUUUGUCCCGCAGAGCAACUGGACAAGGAAUUUGACGGUCUAGUGGACUUCGAAUAUGAUCACGAAGUUUACUAUCCUGCGCUUGUCGAGAUGGCGCACAAGAAGAGAGCUCAUUACAUGAAGAGAUUUGAGGAGUUAGGAGAAGUGGUUGGGCUGAGCGAGAUCGAUCUUAGAGGAGAUGGCCCAGCCACCGUUCCGGUUGGCUCGCACCCUUCGGAUACAAAAGUUGACGACUUAGCAGAUAAGACCGCCAAUUUGAGCGUUGAGUAG